ACAUUUGCCAAACACUACAACACACGUCAUUUGCCUUUGCCACGAAUUCCAAAAACUUAGAUUUCCACUAGAAAUAUGUAUAUUUUGAUAUGCUAAACAAACGUCGGUUGAUACGCUGUCGUUGCAUCCAUUAUAUAUCUGCAAAUGUCGAUAGCUAGCGCAGCGAACUUCAUCAACGACGACACACGACAUUGGACAUAUCCUCCAAGGAGAUAGCCAGUGCCUAAUAUUUGUUUUUUCAUUACCCAGUUUUAAUUGUUGGUACUUAGUUAGGGUGAACUGUUUGCAAUUGACGCGAGUCGACGACUAACACGACAACAUGGCUGAGAACACUGCCACAGAUGCUGCUGGCCUGGAAAGUUCUUUGGAUUUUUCCAUGGUCCAGCAUAACGAAAACGAAGAUGCCGAAGGAUAUAUGCGGUUAACGGGCAGCUCGAAUGAUUUGUCCCUGUUGCAAAAUGUAUCCACCAGCACAACGAUAGGCGGCGGAGGUGGAGGCGGGAGCAAAGGUCGCCUGGACAGCCUAAAAGAAAAUCUAUCCAAACAGCAGGAGCGUUUGCUGGAACUGCGGGAGCGAGCGCAGCGCCGGCCCAGCAACAGUGAAUCAAUGGAAUCGCUGAAAGUACUGGGACAGCAGCUGACCAUGCUCAAGGCGCGUUCGGGGGGCGGCGUCUCAGUCGCUGAUGCCUCCACCCCCCUCGUUACGCCCACAAAGGACACAAAGGACAAACCUCAGCUGCCUGCCAGUGCCAGUGAGAAACUGUUGAUGCUCACCCAACGCACGGAACAGAAUCGAGCGCUCCUCGAGCAGCGAAAACAAGAUAUGGCCAAAUCGCUGCUCUCCAUCAGGUCCAGCCUCAGUCAGAGCCAGAGCCAGGGCCAGGGCCAUAGCCAGAGCUUCAGCCACAGCCGCACCACUGCUGAUCUGGGCUCCUCGAUGACUGAUCUACGGCAUGCGGCGGUGCCAGAGGCCAAUGCUUCCGUCUCCCGACAUCGCUCGGCCUUGGAUCUGCAGCAGCAACAGCAGCAGCAGCCAGCAGACGCCUUGGACGAGACGCGAAUGAAGUUGCUGAAGAACAGAAUGAAGAUCACCGAGCUCAAACAGAGCCGGCAGGAGCAGGAGGUAGUGGAGUUGCGCCAAGAGUUGGCCAGGCGGGCCAGCCUCAUCGAGCAAUUGGAAUUGUCCGGGGCCGAGUUGCAGCGCACUUUAACGCGGAGAGACGAAGAGUUGGAGCAGCUGCGUUCCGAUGCGGUGCCCGAGAGAAACAGCCUGCAGGAACAGGAGCACUCCCGCCUACACUCUGAGGUGGUGGCCAUGAAGGAGCGCCUGUCCGAGCUGGAAAACAUUAACGACAUUCUGGAGACGACGCGAUGCGAGCUCACCGACGAGCUGAGCACGGCGCGGGAGCAGCUGCAGGAGCAGCAGCAGCAGAUCAGCCAAUCCGAGUCUACUAACACAGAGGUUCAGGUCAAUGAAGAGCUGGCCAAGCAGCUGAGCACCCUCCAGGCAGCCUAUGAUGAACUGAGACGCGAAGCCGACUCUCCCACAAAGCUGGAGGUGAACGACAGCAACGUCUCCGAGCGUCUGAUUCAGCUGGAAGCGACGAUUGCCGCCCAGUGCACGCAACUGGAGCAGCAAAAGGCUGCCAUGGCCGAGCAGAGCGAAGAGCUGGCCGAGAAGACAACCGAACUGAAUGUGCUCAAUGUGAAUCUGCGCCUGCUCGAGGAGAAGCUCGCCCAGAGCAGCCGGAGCAAGCCGCUAUUUCUGGACGAGGAGGACCACUCGGCCAGCGAGCAGCUGAGGGAAGAGCUGCAGCUUCUCAAGCAGAAGCUGGACGAGUCCAACAAGGCCAACAUCAAGCUGAAGCUGAAAUGCAAGCAGGCGGAGAAGCAGCUGCAAAAGAUUCAGUCGGAGGACAGUCAGCAAAAGUUGAGCGCUCUGGCGGCACAGAACGAGGAGCUGCAACAGCGAAUCACUGUGCUGGAGGACGAGAAGGGCCAGUGGCAGCUGUCUAAUAUGCAGGAAGAGGGAGAUGGAGAGGGGGAGGCAGAUGAACAGACGCAGCACGAGAUCAAUCCUCUGCAAAGGGAGGCCGUUCGGCUGUUGGAGGAACAGAAAAUGGAACUCCAGCAAGCCCUUGAAGCUCUGCAGCAGGGCAACGAGUCCGCCCGCGUGGAGUCCGAGCUGAGCGAGGUCCAUAUGGAGGAACAACUCUCGCAACGCGUCCAGCAGCUGGAGCAGCAGGCACAGGAGCAGAUAGACCAAAUACAGACACUCCAAGCCGAGAAGGAGAUCCUGGACAAGAAGCUUUCCCGCUACGUCAACGAGAACAUGGAGUUGCUGGACAAACUGGAAAAGAUUAGCUCCUCCAGCUCCGCCGAGUCCAUCGAGAUUGUCGAACGUCCCUCGCAGCAGCAGCUGGAAAGCUUCGAACCGCGUCGUCCGGCCAGUGAGGGUGAUGCCCAGGAACAGAAGCAGCAGCAGCAGCAAGAGGAGCAGGAGACAGCGGUGGCGCCCAUCCCCCUGCUGCCCAGUGUCGUGAGUGAACUUACUCAAACGGAUCUCACGCCCGAUGCCAGCGAGAGUCUCAACCAGCUCAGGGAAGAGCGCAGCGAACUGCUCCAGAGGAUCGAGCUGUUUUCCAACGAGCGACGCGAGGUGCUGGAGAAGAUGGAGCAGCUGGUGGCGGAGAAUGGGGACUUCCAGGCGAGAUUGGAUGACCAAAAGGAGCAACUGCAGCGCCUACAAGCUGACAACUCGCGGCUGGAGUCAAGACUGACCGAAGGACAUCAGGAAAAAGAGGACCUGCAACGCGAGAAGGAGCAGCUCUCGAUGCAGCUGAGCGAGCGGUCGAACCUCUCGCAGGAGCUGAGCUCAAUGCAGCGCUCCUCGGAGGUGGUGGCUGCCUUGGAUGCCGGCGAAGGGGGCCCGGCGCUCUUCGACAAGUGCGAGCGAUCCCUCAGCAAGCUGAACUCGGAGCUGGAGGCCUACCGCAAGGCCGAUCGCCAGGCAAAGAUCAAUGCGUCCAAGAAACUGGCCAAGGAGGCCAAAAACUGCCACACCCAGCUGACGGAGCUGCUGCAGAAGGUCAAGGAGGCCAGCACGGCGGUGGAAACGGUGACUGUCGUGGAGACUGUGGUCGCUGUAACGGCUCCCAAUGGCAAGGCUCUGGCCGAGUAUGAGAAACUUACGGCCCAGAAUGCCGAGCUCAAGGCAGAGCUGUCCAGACUGCGCCGAGAGCUGGAGGAGCUCCAGGAUAGCUACGAGCCAGAGGCGCCCCAGCUGGCCAUUGCAGCAGUCGACGAACAGCAGUCGGAGCUGGCGCAGGAACUGCAGCAAUUGCAGACGACACUAAAGGAGCUGCAAAGCCAAGAGUCCGAGCAGCGCCAGCAGAUCGAGGAGCACGUGCAGACCAUAGCCGAUCUUCGCAGCGGGGAAUCCGAACACCUGCAGUUAAUAGCCUCGCAGGAGGCCAAACUGACGGAACUCCAGUUGCAGUUGGAGCAGCUCCAUCAGGUGUUGAGCACCAAGGAAAUGGGCCACGAGAAGUACAUGGAGCAGCAGACGCGCAUUCGACGGGAGCUGGAGGCACGCGCCGAGUCCAUGGAGGGGGAGAUGAGCAUACUGCAGGCCCUGGUGGCCGAGCAGAAGCAGCAGCUCAUCGAGAACCUCAGCGAGAGCGAGCAUACGCUGAAUCUGAAGAUCCUAGAGCUUCAAACCGCGCAGGCGGAGCUACGGGAGCUCCGCAGCAAGGAGGAAGAUCCCGGCCAUCUCAAGGAAUCGCUGAGGGUCAGCAAGUCGCUGGCCGCCCAGCAGGUGAGCGAACUGGCGACCAAGCAGGAGACGAUCGAUGCCCUCAACCAGCAGCUGCAGGAGCUCUACCAGAGUCUGGACCAGGCCCAGCAGGAGGAGCAGCACAAGCACCGGGAGCUGCGCGAGAAGCUGAAGAAGUACGCACUCAACCUGAAGAAGCGCAGCCAAGAGAACGCCGAACUGGAGCAGAGACUCAAGGAGCUCACAGAGCGGCCCCAGGAGACGCCCAUAGAUCAUGAGCUGGUGGAGAAGCUGCAAGAGCAGGUGGCACGCCUCAACGAGGAGCUGAAGGCCAAGAUUCAUGUGAAUUUGGAGAGCCGCGACGCCCAGCGUCAGCUCAGGCAGCAGCUUCAGGAGCAGGAACAUCUCCUGCAACAGCGCGACGAGGAGCAGCAGCGCCUGCAGGUGGAACUGCAGAACACGGUCCGUGCCAACACUGAGUUGCGACGCGAGCAGUCCCAUUGGGAGCAGCAGCAGACGGAGCAGGAGCACAGCCUGGCGGACUUGUACCGCCAGCUGGAGCAAAAGUCCACCAAGUUCGACAAGUCCAAGGAGCUGAUCAAGCACCGCAAUGCCACCAUUCAGGCACUGCAGCGCGAGCUGCAACAGUUGCGCCUCCACGCCGAGCAGGACAAGACGGCAGCCGUGGCAGCAGAGGAGCCACGCGCGGAGGAGGCGCUGCUGCGGGCCCAGCUUCAGGCGGCAGAGGAGCAGCACUCGCUGCUGGCGCAGCAGUAUGCCAGAGACAAGGCCGACUUCCAGGUGACCAUUGGCCGGCUAGAGACCAUCCACGGAGGCAUUCAGGCCAAGCUGCAGCAGGACGCGUCCUACAUCGAGUCCCUCGAGUCGCAGAACACGGAGCUGCUCGCCAAGAGCGCCGCACUGGAGGAGCAGAUGACCAGUCUGGCCAACCAACAGGCCGCAGCCCAGGAUCGGGCCAAUCUGUUCGAGCAGCAGCUGCACCAGAACUCCUCCCAGCAAAAGGAGCACGAGUCACAGCUCCGAGAGCGCGUGCGAGAGUUGGGCGAACGGGAGCAGGCGCGCAACCGCCAAAUAGAGCUGAUUUCCAGCGAGUCCGAGGAUGCCCGCGAGCAACUGGUUCAAGUUCGGGCGGACUACGAGGCGCUGAGGAUCAAGCACGGCCAGCUGAUGGCUCAGGCACAGGCGGAGCGCGAAACGUUGAGCAGCCACAGCGAGGAGGAGUUGGCUGAUCUGCGCGAGCAGCUGGCCCUCAGGGAGUCGGAGCUGCAGCGACAGCGGCAGGUGUACGAUGCCAAGCUAGCCGCCAAGGCCACGGAGCUGGACGAGAUUGAGUGCGACCUCAAUGCCCACAUGGAGCGUUCGACUGCCGAGAGCCGCGAACUCACCCAGCAGCUGGAGCGGGCCCACGAGCAGAUCAGUCAACGGGGCGAGGACCUCAGCCGCAUCACCGAGGAGCUGCAAGAGGUGGAGCGAGAACGUUCCGCCCUGAGCCGUGAGGUGACGCUGCUCCGUUUGCAGCAGGAUAGCGCCGAGCAAGACGUCUUGGAGCUGCAGGAGCUGCGCAUGCAGGUGAUUCAGGACAAGACGGAGAUGGACAAUCUGCGCUCGCAAAUCGACUCGCUCUGCGCCAACCACACCCAGGAGCUGCAACUGCUGCAGCAGCAGAUUGCCGAAUGGGACACCCUUGGCCAGAACCAGACCGACGACCAGGUCUACAUCGAGACGGAGAACAAGCGGCUGACGGAGCAACUAAUCGAACUUCAGGCGCGACUUGAGGAGCAGGCUGCACAGCUAGCAGCCGCCAGGCAAUCAUCAGCAGAGGCAUCUGUUCCCGCUCCCGCUCCCGCUCCUGCUGCAUCCUUUUUCUUUGCCAGCGAUGCCGCCACAGCACCAUCACCCUUCGACGAGAUUAUCCAGCCUCUGAGGGUGUCCAGCCAUCAGUUGUCGGCUGCACCUCCCUCCCAGCCCCAGCCCGCGCUACCGCCGCCUCCCACCAUCGAGGAUUUGCAGCGAAAUGUCUCGGAUUUGGAGAAGCACGCCCAGGAUCUGGAAACAAAGCUCGUGGCCCGCAAUCAGUCGGUUUCCGAACAGGAGCGCCGGCUGGCUGAGUUUGAGCGAUUGCUUCACGAACGGGAGCAGCAGCUGGCCGAGAUUAGGGCCGCCGAAGAGGAGCGCGAGCGACUGGCAGCCCUCGAGAAGCUCAUCCAACCGACGGGCGCGCCCUCGCUGGACAUGUUCUUUGGCGUGGGUGGCCCGGAGGAAUCUGUGCCGGCGCUGGUAACCCAACAGCAACUGGACUGGGGCCAGACGCAGGCGGAGCCCGUGGUGGAAGAAAUCAUAACACCAAAGAAGGCGUACAUCUGCCAUCCGCAGCAGGAGCAGGAACCGGAGCAGCAGCUGGCAGUAGACUGGGGUGUCGACGAGGAUCCCUGGGCCAGUGCCGCCGCUCAAGCUACCCAAGAUUCGACUGAGACUCGCACACAGCCCGAUGGUGAGGCGAUGCACGCGAGGAUUGGGCAGUUGGAGCGGCAGUUGGCCACGGCCGAGCAGCAAAAGGCCGAGCUGCAGACGAAAACCGCAAAGCUGCUGAAGCGGCUCAAGGAGUACAAGAGCAAGGCGCUGGCCCCAGUGACGGCCUCCGACAACGAUCUGGACGGGGCCAUCAUCGAGGAGCUGAAGCAUCAGCUGCAACUGCAGGAGGCACGUCAGGCGAAGAGCGAGGAGCUGGUGCAGCAGCACGCCCUCGAGAAGGAGAAACUGAGCAAGCGGAUCGAUGUACUCACCGCCGGCAAUGAUCGCAUGGCCGAGUUGAAGGAGCGACAAGACAGAGACGUGCAGAUGUACCAGGCGCGCAUCCGCGAACUCCAGGAGAAGCUCAGCCAGAUGGAUCAAUGGGAUGUGCCAGCUGCCACAGCCCCACCUUUGGCUGCUGCACCCAGCAGCAGCGAUGCAGAGUCCCUCAUUAAAAUUGAAAAUCUACAGGCGGAAAAUGCUGACUUGAAUGCCGAGUGCCAGGAACUGCAGUCACAGCUGCGGGAGGAGAGGCGACAGGCUCAGCUGGCAGAGGAGACGGCUGCCCAGGCGCAGGCACAACGGGAAGAGCUCAGAGAAUAUCUGCAGCAGUUGCAAGCGGAGCUGGACGAGCUUAGAGGCAGCCAAGUCGAAGCCAAUGAGCUGCAGAGCCUCAAACUGGAAGUGGAGCAGCUGAGGAGCCGGCAGUCGGAGCUAGAAGAGCUUCGGGCACAAAAAGUGGCUGUGGAGCAGUGCCUGAGCCAACGGCAGGCAGAGAUUGAGGAGUUGCGACAGACGCAGCGGCAAUCGGAGCAAUCGGUGGCCACCUCAGUCUCGGUCAGUGACCAGCAGAUGGCUCAGCUGCAGGAGAAGGAGUCGGAGAUUGUGCACCUGCAGCAGCGAAUCGAAGAGUUGCGACAGACGCAGCAGCAAUCGGAGCAAUCAGUGGCCAGCUCAGCCUCGCUCAGUGACGAGCAGAUAGCCCAGCUGCAGGAGAAGGAGUCGGAGAUUGUGCACCUGAAGCAGCGGAUCGAAGAGCUGAUGCGCGAAGAUCAGACCGAGAAGUUGGUCUUUGAGAUACUAACCAAGAACCAGGAGUUGCAAUUGCUGCGCUUGCAGAUCAAGCAGCUGAAAGAGGAGAGGGAGGAGGUCUCACUUCCGGCCCCGGUGGCAGCCACAGAGACAGAUCAGGAGCUGCAACAGCUGCGGACGCAGUGCCAGCAAAUGCUAUUGGAAAAGUCCGACAUGGAGGAGGAGCUGCGUGUGCUGAACAAUCAUGUUUUGUCGAGCCUGGAGCUGGAGGACAAGAUGAAGCAUACCGUGCUCGAGCUGGACACCAAGAACAUUGAAAUAGCCGAGCUGCGCAAGUCCCUGGAAAUGCUUCAGCAGAGUCAGAGUUCGAUACCUGAUCUGGAUGCGCUAAACCAGCAGUGGGAGGCGUUGGUGGAGCAAAAGUGUGGGGAGGUGGCCAACAUAUGGCAGGACCAUCUGUCGCAAAGGGAAGCUGCGUUCAAGGCUCAGCUGGAACAGGUACAGCAGCAGCUUCAGCAGCACCAGCACCAGCAGCAGCAGCAGCAAUAUCCUACAGAGGCGGCAGCUCCCCAGUCAGAGGACAACGACUCGUUGCUGAAAAUGCAAAAGGCACUGGAGACGCAAGAGAUGGAGAUUGUCACGCUCAAGGAGCAGCUGGCCAUACGCUCGGCAGAGUAUGCUCGUCUCGCCGCCCAGUACGAUCCGUUCCGGCUGCAGCAUCAGGGUGCCGGCGGCGCUGUUGGAGUUGAAACGCAGUCAGAGUACGUGCUGAAGGCGGACCUCGACUAUGCACUGAUGAUGCUCCAUCAACGAGACAUGCGUGUCGAGGAGAUGAUACUCGAGCUGGGCCAGUUGCUGCAGGAACGCGAUCACCUGCAGCUUAAACUGUCGGACACUCUGAGGCAGCUGGAGACCGAGCGCGUUCGUUCCAGCGACGAUCCUGCAGUGGCUGCCAGCGCCGCGAGCAGUGCCAGUACUCCCAGAAAGACGAGCAACGCCAGCAGCACCGAUCUGGCAGUAGUCACCAAUACCAGGGGCAGUGACUUGAAGCAGAAAUUGGCCGAGCUGCAAACGGUGAAACACUCAAAGGACAAGGCCAUCGUGGACGAGCGUGAGCAACGCCUGCAGCAAAUGGUUCAGCUGCAAAGGGACAUGGCCAAGCAGGCAUCAGGAUCGGCGGCAGUAGCCACUGUAACUCCAUUUGGAACCCCAACAGCAAUAGCAGCAGCCGGUCCACCUCCUCCUGGCGUGGAUCAUUCCCAGCCCACGCCGCGUUCCCCUACGAUGGGUCUCAUGGACUGGAUACUGGGCAACAAGAGUGAGGACGACAGCCAGCACGCCUCCAACUGAUGGCAGGGGCAAGGGCGUUCGGCUGCAAUUCUUCCCCAAAACGAAUCGAU